AUGACUCAGGAGACUGCCACCACCUCUUUUACUUCUAUUUCUAGUAUCGAGGAGACUGAUGAAAUAAAAAAAUUUCGUUAUUUUUGGUGGAAAACUGGCAACAUGCAUCCGAAGGCCAGGUGGGAGGAAGCUAUUACUCCGGCAUCUAAUAUACCCGAUAAUACUUCAAAUUCUAGUAUUACUCCCGAUCCCAUGCCUGAACUAGUACAAUCUUCAGCAGAGCCUGAACCUCCUGGAAUUAGUAAUGAAAUAAAGGAGAGAAUUAGGGAAAAGAAGCUUCGAGAUCAGGAAGUUUCUUCUGGAAAACAAAACACUUCUUCAAGAUAA